CGGGGUGAGUUAACAGGCGCCACGUGACGUCACUUCCCACGCGCGGGAUCAUGCUAACAGUAGCCUCACCGACCAACUGUCAUCCGAAAACUCUCCAGGAUCCUUCACGAUUUGUCAAGAAACCGUCGAGCAAACCGCGGCAGGACACGAAAGACUUAACAUACCUUACUGACGACUGACUUUAGUGUCCUCGGCGGCCGUUCAGACACGGUUCCAGCUGCUGUUGACAUCCGUGACGAGCAGGGAUGUGUCACUAGCAAGUUAACCAGCUUCAUUCCGCGGAAGUUUUCCUCUGGCAUGCGUUUAAAAACCCUUCACUUCACUCUGACUGGGCGCUGAGGCCGUGGAGUCAGUCUUUUUUAUAAUAGUUAAGUGAUUGAAAUGAAGCUCCAGUGUGAUGUCGAGGUCGUAAAUCGUAUGCUGCCCACGUUCGGGAUGAAGAGUCGAGGGAAAGGGGCGAGAGCGGUGCUUUCCAUCGGGAAGCAUUUGGACAAGACGAGUCAACGCAGCAGCAUAUACAUGAUGAUCUGCACAGCUAAAGACAGAGCGGGCUCCAAGUACAAGCUAAAAGACAACAUAGAGAAGUUCUUCACGUGGUUUGUGGAAGAAGGCAAGGCCACCGUGAGAUUAAGGGAACCAGCUGUUGACAUCUGUUUGAGCAAGGCUGAUGCAAAUAGCUUAAAGAACUUCCUCUCGGCCGCUCGUCUGGCCGACAGAGGAAGUGACACGAGCAGCCUCCCCCUCUCCACGCUCACUCCUGUCCGCGCCAGAGAUGUAGAGCAACCCAAGAAGAAACUCACUAUCGUCUCCAAGAAGGACUACCCGCUCACCUCCAACUUCCCCUACUCCCUGGAGCAGCUGCAGGUCUCCUACUGCAAACUGUCUCGUGUGGACAUGCGAAUGCUGUCCCUCAAAGCUCUUCGCAAGCUAGACCUCAGUAACAACCACAUCAAAAAACUCCCCGCCACCAUCGGCGACCUCAGCUGCUUGUCUGAGCUCAUCCUCCACAACAACCACCUGGAGGCCUUCAGCGAAGCCCUUUGUCUGUCCACCCUGCAGCGGACCCUCCAGCUUCUGGACCUGAGCCAGAAUCGACUGCAGUCCCUUCCUGCUCAGUUUUGCCAGCUCAGAGAACUGGUGAACCUCAAACUAGACGACAACGAGCUGGUUUGUCUGCCGUUCCACAUCGGCCGCCUCUCCAAGCUGAGGUUCCUGUCGGCAGCACAUAACCAGCUGGCCGUGCUGCCUGGUGACUUCCGCAAGCUGAGUCUGGAGAACUUGGACUUGUUUGGAAACCCGUUUAUCCAAUCCAACCCUCUGGACCACACAAUGCAGCUCACGUUCCCCCUUCCACUUCAAGAACUAGCUUCCAGAGCUGUGGCAAACCUCAGAAUACCGUACGGACCUCACCUCAUCCCCGCCCACUUGUGUCGGGACCUUGAAGUAGCCAAGAACUGCGACUGUGGCCGUGCGUGCAUCAGUUUCUACAUCAAGACGGCAGUGAGCAUGAACCUUCACCAAGUGUCCCACACAGUGGUCCUGGUGGACAACAUGGGAGGCACAGAUGCUCCGGUGCAGCAGCACUUCUGUUCCCUCUCCUGCUACUCGGAAUUCUUGGACAACUCACUCCAGAGAGGAAUCAGAUGAGGGAGGAACAAACUUUUUUUUUUCUUCGUUUGACAGCAAAGACACGGACAGCUGGAUAUUGCUGUGAUACUGCAAUAGUUUUUGCAAUUUGUGAAAUACCAUAGGAGAGUAUCUGAGGAGACGAGAGGAACAGCAGUAGUGAAUAGCGCAGAGGUACAAUUUUUGGUGGCAACGCCUUCAAAAUAAAAGGACAGUAUUAACUCUCUUUUUUUUAAGCUUUGUUUUUAAAAGCACUCCAAGCUACCUGUUUUACACUUACAUUUGACUUAUAAUGCACAUCUCACAUAUCAAACAUUGGGGAGACAAGCGUACCUUUGUACCUGCUCCAUCUGUAACAGAGUGGCAGUGACAAAAUGUAAUAAUAAUGGACCGCUACACUGACACAAAGUGACGGUUUGCCUGUGCUGCCGGUAAGUCUCACGUCUUUUUUUCUGCUCUUCCUGUCUCCCCUACUGACCUACUUCUAUUAGGCAAGGGAAUAAAGAAAUUAGACACAUCUGAGUUUCUUUAAUGCCUGAACACAGUGCCUCUGGGUCCAUGAGCGUUGGCUAAAAGGAGUUGGUUUUUACUGUGCUAAUGACCCACAAAUUUUUUUUAUAUGAUAUUAAAAAAAUGUAUGAAAUAUAUGUGGAAAAUUCAAUAAAAUAAAAAUACUCAC